UUGAAACAAUAGAGAGAAAGCGAGGGAGAGCGAAAGAGAGAGAGAGAGAGGGAGAGCGAAAGAAAGAAAAAAGGGAGAGAGAGAGAGAGAGAGAGAAAGAGGGAGCAAAUUAGUGAUCGGUAUCGGUGGCUACUAACGGGCCCAACAAUUCGUGCGGUUCAAUUAUGGUUAGUUCAACCGUUGCUUUCGAUAAAAAGUCAUCCUCGACACCAGUAGAGAGCACCCCAGUCGACCAAAAUGAUAGCAGUACUAUUUCCUCCAUGCCUUUCAGCAGCAGCAGCGCCUGUAACGACACGACAGGUGUGCUGACACACGAUAGUAGCGGCGGGUCGCACGAUGCGUCCGCUUUGAGUUUCAGUGAGCAGAAAAUCUCGUUGCUUUUCCCCAAAUGCAAACCGCGCAGUGACUACCAUUAUGUUGUGAGCGGCAGUGCGUGUGCGAACGGUACCAGCGGCAAGAACAAUAAUUGCAUGAUGGACGUCGGUGGGCUAUCGCUCGGCUCGACGCACUCCCUGGCGACGUACGUGACGCGAGCGAGUCCUCCAGUGGUCGCCCAGACGGUUCAGGGUAGUGCCGUCGCCACCUCGAAGGGCUACAUCGAUAUGGGAUCCUUCGGGAACAACAACGGUGGUGGUGGGAACCACGCCACGGCGGUGCCAUCCCACGCUAGUGAGUUCGAGUACGGCGCCGAGCAGGAGUUGGCAGGUGUUGGCAAGGCUCUGCAGCUCAACGCCUGUGGUUUGAACAACAAUAUAGGUGGUGGUGCCAACAACAACAACCACUAUGGUGGUGGUUCGGGAGCAGGAAGUGCGGUCGCAGGGGGCGGGGCAGCAGGAUCGGGUGGUGUCAGUGGUGGUGGCAUGGGCAUGAAGGGUGAGCUGUUCGGCAUGGGAGGCGGCAGUAGUAUGAAGCAUACGUCCAAUCAAUCCGUCAGCAAGAACACCCCAUCGGCGGAUGGGUACAGCUUUUACUACAGCAAUCAACCUCCUUCGUUGACGUGUUCGCCGACGGAAAAUCAAUCUGCUAUCAGCGUCGCGGCACUGGGCAAUAGUGGUGGUAGUUGUGGUGGUGGUGGUGGUGGUGGUGGUGGUGUUGGAGGCGCAGGUCUGCUGCUCUCGGACGACGAGGAAUCGAGCGAACGGUCGAAAAAGGACACCUCCGGUGCGGCCAGAUGGAUGGAGCGGAACUAUUGUCACCUCUCCGUCUCACACUACCCGAUGAAUGUGCCCAAGUCGAAGAGUGCCAGUGCUGGUGGUGGUGGUGGUUGUGGGGGUGGUGGAGGUGGCGGAGGUGGUGUGGGGCAGCUGCAGAAGCGAAGCAUGUCCUCGUCCGCCUACAAACCGGUCAACUGCUACAAUAUGGUGCUGCAGUCGCCCCUGGAGGACGAAAGCGACAUGGAGGACAAGCUGAAGUACUUCAACUAUCAGCACGAGAUGCAAACCUACAACAGUACGCGCAAGGACAAGCUGUCGGGAUACACGACCACCGGCGACCUGCACUGUAGCCAGGGUGGCAUUGGUAGUGGUGAUGGCGAAGAAAUCGUCGUCCUCAGCAGUAACGCCAAGGAACAUGGAAACUCGCUGUCGGUUGCACAACCACUGGACUGCAAGCUGGACGAGUCCGGGAUGCGAAAGGGUGUGCUACAUAUGGGCCAGAAGUUGGAGCAUGUUCCUUUCGUCGGGUUGAGCGUGGCAAGUCCCAGUGUAGAGGGCGAGCAGACGUUGGAGGCCGAGUUUGCGGAUAAAGUGAUGACUCACUACCCCAUCAAGUCGGUCACGAUGGAGGACGGUGAGGAGCGGAACGAGCUGAAGUCAAGCACGGGCUCGAACAUUAUUGAAUACGAUGGUUCGCCUCGCCGAUUUGGGCUCAACUUGUGUGACGAGAGUGACUGCUAUCUGGCGUCCAGUGUGAAAAUCAAUCUGACUUCUCCCUCACUGUUAACGUUACCUCGUCCUGGAUUCCCGCAACGCGUAGUACCACCAACAACGGCUUCUAGCAGCAGUAACGGUGUAGCCACGGCUCAAACGUCUUCUGGUAACGUCAGCUGUUCUCCCUCAUUGCUCGAUCAAGUGAACUCUACUUUAAGCAAAACGAUACUGCUGGAUUCGAAAAAUCCCAGAUCCCUUAACGACAACGAAGGGAGCAUCUACAGUAGUAGCGAUGUUGGAAGAGCUAUGGGGGCUAGGAUGGAGCAGGACCACCACGUUUACGACGUUUUGCCAUGUGACGUUAAACCGGGAAAACCAUCGCCAUCCGAGAGCAACAAGCGAUUGGAGAAAAUUCAGCUCAACACACACCCAUCGGAGGAUGAGCUGACGGUGGGAAGCUCUGGUUUUCCUCCGAUCGCUAACUCGUCCACAUUCGACUACCUGUACGAGUUUUCCGAGACGCGAAAAGUGCUGGAGGAAUUUUUCAAGUGUCCCUCUACGGAGGAUGUUGAAAAGUUUAGCGAUUAUAACGACAGCGCUGAUGAGGAUGGUGAGAGCCUAGACGUGCAGUAUGACUAUCCGGUAGAUCUCGAGCGAUCGAAGACGAUUGAAACUACCUAUAUUGGGAAUGUGAACGGGUCGGGUAAACAGGACAACCUCUCGCGUUCUCCAAAGUCUCCCAUGCUCAGUGACGGACCGAUGCUGGAGGAAGAGGACGACGAUACCGCCGACGUAGAGGACGAAGAGGAAGAUGACGAGAAGGAGAAUGCACUGGUGAAGUAUAACUACAAGCUGAAAAGCAAACCCCGCAUGUCUGACUACUGUGGAUUGAGAAAGAAAAAGACCGAAUCCCACACUAAGGGCCACUCGGGCGUAGGUCUAGGCAUCCGAGAGGGUACUGAGAGGUUCAACAACCUGGAGUACGAUCGUCGUGAGGAUGACGGUGUGCGGUUGUCGCUUAAAUCCUCGCUGCAAACUGCGAACGAUGCUCGCGACUAUGCCAUGUACGUGCAGAGUGGCCUUCUGAAGUCGUUCCCUGAGCCACAACCGGGUGACUCCCAUUCGCACAACCAAACGCAACAAGCUAGCCAGCAUUCCAACGUCAAUGAGCUGCGCUUUAGUGCGUACAUCAACGGUGAGAGCCGCACCAGCAGCUACGACGCAAUUAACGACUCAAAUUACGACGCACAUCCGAUCAUCUCAAACGGCAAUGAUAAGGACUCGCUCCACUUCUCGCUGAACGGAGAUGGUGGCGAUGGACGUAAGGUGUUUGCUCGGAAGUAUAGCAAAAACUUCAACUACUCGCCCGACACGACUGACUACGACUCGAACUGUGGGGAUUACGAUAGCGAAAUAUCGCCCCAGUAUGGCAGCGAUUUUGGCCUAAUUUCUGGCACUGGAGCAACGAUGUGCGAUGAUCUAAACAACGGUGUUAUUAGUGCGACUUCCGGUCCCCCCACUGGAACGGGUGAGUCCUUAAAUUGUUUGUUUGCGAACAACGCGAACAACUACUCGCGGUACUACGCGGCCAUGCCCGUGCUGGAGGAUGGCCUGUCUAGCGGCCACGUGUCCGAUUCUGAGAACAACCUCAAUGCAAACGCUAUGCCAGGGGUGCUACCGCCGGAUUUGGUCAGCGGCAGUGUCAAACAGCUAACUAGCAAUAGCAAUGGCGGUGGAUUGAUGCAAACAAGUGGUGGAAGCGCAUACGGUAUGAUUGGAUCUCAGUCUCCUUCGGUUACGGCUAAACAAUCCAUAUCCUCCUCGCCUAUUGCUUCGAAAGAGCUAAAAGGCACUCCCGGUUCGCAAGGGCAACCUCAGCAACUACAGCAGCAAUCGCUGCAAACGCCACAACAGCAGCAAACUCAAGGCACCAAUGUGGAGGGAUUCUUUGUUAACAAUACCUUCCGCAUGGGUAAUCUUAAGCUUAACUCGAGUAUGCUACAUAACGCAAGCAUAUUUAAAAAUCGCGACCCGGAGCUGGAGUCACUUUACACUAUUAAUACUAUACAAUCGACUCCACCACCUCCAGCACCAGCACCACAUCGGAAAUCUUCAAUCGAUUGUGAUAAUCUGUCCUCGUUGCACCAACAGCAACCGUUACAACAAAAACAGCACCAAGUCCAACAUCUGCAGCAACUGCAGCAGCAGCAACAACAGCAAACACAGCAACAACCGCAACAAUCACAACAGCAACAGUUCAACCAUUCUCAAGUAUCCAGCUCCGAUGUGCAAUCUACACUGAAAGAUAUUCGUCUGUGCUUGCAGAAAACCAAGAAUCUGACUCUAGCUACUGGUAACCAAACGCGGAAGACCUUUGACAAACCCAUAUGCUCGGGUGAGUUCCCGGAUCCUCUGGGAGGUGGUAAUACAAGUGGUGGAGGCGUUGGUAGCAACAGUGGCAAUGCAAGCGGAGGUGCACCCAGUCUAUCGCCUAUCUGGAUACCACGUACGCGAGUUAGCGAGGACUUUAGUAGCAAGCCGAUUGCAAAUGGCGUAACAACCAUACAGAACAGCGUUGGAGGUAGCUGUUCCAAUAAUCUGUCGAACGGAUUACAGUCGGUACAAGGCACAUCUUGCAAACUGUCGUCGUCACCUUCCUCACUGCACACCACGCUACCAACCGGUACAAAGACUAGUGCCACAGUACCGGGAGCUUACCCUGAAGAAACGGAGGAGCUGAUUGGGCAGAGUCCGCCAGCGAAGACGAUGGCGCUCGUUGACGAGGAUGAGGAUCCCGACACGGAUCUUGAAACCGAUCGACUGCUUGGCCACCAGCGCUUGGAUGAUCAGGGUUUCUAUGACGAAAGCAAUAAUAAACUCUGGAACUCGGAUCGCAAGACGGGAUCACGGCUGCUUGCAUUGGGAAAGCUGUCUCCGAAGCAGCAGGGCACAACCCAGCCCUCCAAUUCUGGUAACGCAGGUACUGCUGGGCCAGGUGUGGUAGCAAACGGUAAGGCUGCAGCACAGGGACCUCUUGGUGAUCGUCUGGGAGGGGUUGGUACACGCGCAAGUCAGCAGAAUGGUUCUGCUGCCAGUAGCUUCCUUCCAACAUCAAGCACAUCUGGCUCUGGGCUAUCGACUGCUAAUGCGACUGUCACCCUGCCAGAUAUAGGCACUACGGUCACUACGAUGGCAUCGUCGGCUACCGGAAACACUGUCAAUGGAGUUGUUGGAUCAGGUGUCCCGUCUUGUCACAAGAGUGCGAAGACCAGCGGCAAUCUGAUCAACUUCAAUGGACCGAACGAACCGCAGACGCAGCUAACAUCCCCGAAUCCGAGCCCACAACAUUCGCUCAGUGAAGGCAACUUGCUGGACAAGUCGAACGAUUCGGGCAGCCCGGGAGGAUCUACAAAAUCCAAGUCAUUGCGCAACAAUGAAACAAAGCGGAAAUCAAAGAAUAAAGAAGUACUCAUUGAAGGCGUCUUAUUUCGAGCGCGUUAUUUAGGUUCCACUCAGCUGGUCUGUGAAGGACAACCAACAAAAUCAACUCGGAUGCUGCAAGCUGAAGAAGCUGUUUCUAGAAUAAAGGCAUUGUCACCCGAUGGCGAAGUGCAACCAAGUACAGAGGUGGAUCUUUUUAUCUCCACCGAGAAGAUCAUGGUGCUCAACACCGAUCUCAAGGAAAUUAUGAUGGACCAUGCGUUGCGCACCAUUUCGUAUAUAGCUGACAUCGGUGACCUGGUCGUGUUGAUGGCUCGACGGCGUUUCGUACCACAGGACGUCGACUCUACCGACUCGUCCGGAGGUGCUGGUACCGGAUCCGGUACGCAUGGUGUCAGUCAUGUUACCGGCGGUAGUACACCUUCGCAAAAGCUUGCUAGCGGACCGAAAGGCAACAGGACACCGAAGAUGAUUUGCCACGUUUUCGAGAGCGAGGAGGCGCAGUUCAUUGCCCAAAGUAUUGGCCAGGCGUUCCAAGUGGCUUACAUGGAAUUCUUGAAAGCAAACGGAAUUGAGGACCACAGCUUUAUGAAGGAGAUGGAUUACCAGGAGGUGUUGAACAGCCAGGAGAUCUUUGGUGAUGAGCUGGAGAUAUUCGCGAAGAAAGAGCUGCAGAAGGAGGUGGUAGUUCCGAAGGCGAAGGGCGAGAUCCUGGGCGUUGUGAUCGUCGAGUCUGGCUGGGGUUCGAUGUUGCCGACUGUAGUGAUCGCGAACCUGGCAUCGGCAGGAGCCGCAGCUCGAUGUGGUCAGCUCAACAUCGGCGAUCAGAUUAUCGCCAUCAACGGGCUGAGCCUAGUCGGAUUGCCGUUAUCUACCUGCCAGGGGUACAUCAAGAACACCAAGAACCAGACGGUGGUCAAGUUCACCGUGGUGCCAUGUGCGCCUGUGGUAGAGGUGAAGAUCAAGCGACCAAACACCAAGUAUCAGCUCGGGUUCAGCGUCCAGAACGGCGUGAUUUGUAGCUUGUUGCGUGGAGGAAUUGCUGAACGUGGAGGUGUACGUGUUGGUCACCGAAUAAUUGAAAUCAACAAUCAGAGCGUCGUUGCGGUGCCGCACGAAAAAAUUGUAAAUCUCUUAGCUACUUCUGUCGGGGAGAUUCUCAUGAAAACCAUGCCCACUUCUAUGUUCCGGCUGCUCACUGGGCAGGAGAACCCGAUUUAUAUAUAA